GAUUUGCCAUAACAAAAAGUAAAUAUUACAAAAAGGUGGUGGACUAUCCGAUUUCAUAGUUUGAUGUAUAUAUAAGGAAGCCCUAGAACCAAAGGAGGAGUUGUGUGUGUGAUUUGUUAAAAAGGUGUUCACAGAAUGAAGGCGACGGCUGAAUACGCGACGGCUAACAUAGCGGUGUGGUGGGACAUGAAGGACUGUCCGAUUCCGGAGGGUUAUGAGGCUGGUCAGGUCCGAUCGAGUUUAGAAGCAGCGUUCAAGGAACAAGGCUACUCUGGCCCUGUCUCCAUCACUGCCUAUGGCGACCAAACACAAACCCCUGAUCACAUACUGAAAGGGCUCUUAUCCACUGGAGUCUCUGUAGCACAUACCAAAUCCGAGAGCACAUCCUACUUCAUGUAUGAGGAUUUGGUGAAAUGGCGACGUCUGAAUCCUCCUCCUGCUACAAUGAUGAUCAUAUCAGAUCAGGUGGGAGAUAAAUUCACCUGGGAUCUGGUCCGGCUACAGCAACGGACGCUAUACAACUUUUUUCUGGCUUAUUCAGUUGAGCCAGAAUAUAUGGUUCUCUCCAUUAGUGAACAGUGGUGCUGGAAAAAAUUACUAAGCAGCUCACCACCUGCUGCUGGUGUUCAGGGUGGUGCCAUGUUUUAUUGCAAAUCGUGCAAUUACAAUAGUGAAUACCUGAAGAAAUUCAGGAAGCAUCUCUCGAGUUACAGUCAUUCACGGGAAGUCCGUCCGAGUAUAGAAGCGGCAGUCAAGGAACUUGGGGAUGGUCCUGUCUCUAUCACUGCCUAUGGCGACCAUAAACAUACUCCCCUACAAGCUCUCUCUUCCACUGGUGUCGAUAUUGCACAUACCGUUAGCGAUGUCACAUACUCGCGAAUGUUUAGCGAUAUGUUGGAAUGGCAUCGUAAUAAUCCUCCUCAAACAGCUGCUAUAAUCAUGCUCAUAUCGGAUAAUGUGGAGAUCUUGGAUUGUGGUCUUGUCUCUCUACUACAAGAGAAUAAUUACAACUUUUUUCUGGCUUAUUCUGAAGCGUCCCGAGGAUACUUUGGUUGCUACUGGCUUCUCUCCGGUGAAAAGGUCUGA